AUUUGUCUCACUAUACACAGUCCGAGCCCAGCAAUGCAUUUGCGUGGGUGAAUAAGACGAAUAAAUGGGGAAGAUUGAACGGAUUGUUCAUUCGUUGGCUAAUUAUGACGAGUGCUUGUGAUUGAAACCGUCUGGUUUAUUAAGUCUUUGUUUGCCCACGGAACUGCAGCCCUAGAGAUGGCGACUCGAAGAUCUGCGGGUGUGGAGAGGGUGCUGAACAAGCUUGGAGCCGCUGUAUCUGCUGGCAAUUUCUAUGAGGCUCAUCAGCUGUACAGAACUCUCUACUUUAGGUAUUUAAUGCAAGAAAAAUACAAAGAGUUAUUGGAUCUUCUUUAUAGUGGAUCAAAACUCUUACUUCAAAAUGAGCAGCUGACAAGUGGUGCAGAUCUCUGCAAUCUUUAUGUAGAUGUCCUGGGAAAGUCAUCUGAACCGGUUUCAGAUGAUGUUAUGAAGAAACUGUCCGAACUCAUUGGAUUAAUAGGACCAGGAGUGCCUGAAAGAGAGAACUUCCUUAGUAAUGCUUUACGAUGGUCUGUAAAAGGUUCUCCAGAUUUUAAAACUGGUCACCCUCAACUUCACAGAUUCAUAGCUCAAAUAUUUUGGAGAGAAAAAAAUUAUGUCCUUGCUAGGUACCAUUUUCUACAUUCAACUGAUGGUUCUAGUUUUGCCAUGAUGUUGGUAGAGAUACAUACAAGGCAAGGAUAUCCAAGUGAAGUUGAUCUUUUCAUCACCCAAGUGGUUCUCCAGUACUUAUGCCUGCACAAUAAAACAACUGCAGCAGAUGCUUUUCGGUGUUAUACUCUCAAACAUCCAGACAUCAAGCCUGGACCACCCUUCCUUGAACCCCUUCUGAAUUUUAUUUGGUUCCUUCUAAAAGCUAUUGAGAGUGGAAAGUUACCUGUCUUCACAUUAUUGUGUAAAAAGUACAAACCAAGCCUUGACAGAGACCCAACAUAUACAAGUUAUCUAAAUAAAAUUGCUCAGAUCUUCUUUGGACUAGCUCCUCAGCGUCCCAGAAACCAAGGAUUCUUAGGUAACCUUAUGCAGUUACUCAAUGAUCCACAUAGUUCUGAUUCGGACGAAGAUGAACAUCCUCCGAAGACAAGCUCAGGGCAAAAUAGAAGCAAUCAAAAAAUGGAAGCUGAAGAAUUAGAUUAGGAGUGUUAUUUUAGGUUUUUUUUUUGUGUUUGUGUUUCUUACAAGUCAAACACAAAGCAAGCAUAUUUAAUCUUCUCACCUAACUGUUUCAAACAACUGUUAACUAUUGGAGCAGUUACCAUCUAUCUGGGAUAACCAUGUAGAAGAAGAGGAAGAAAUUUACCUUCUGACGCUGUUCAGUAACCCAGAGAGAAGCAGCUAGCCCAAAGAUGUCCAAAGGUAUCAGUUUCUUCAUGAGGUUAUACUAUUAAUUGGAAAAAGGGGGAGGUGAAAAAAGGACCUUCAUUAAAUGAAUUUAUUGGGUUCUCUUUGAUCAGAGUUAACAAUAUUGAAGUUUUUACAAAGGUGACAUUGUGUAGAAUUUAACCUUAUGAUGUGCAAUUCAGGCAUUCAGGAUAGUUCACCCUCAUUGUAUUAAGGUCUCUCUGCUGUUUUUUCUGUUGUUGUUUUUAAAAAUUUUGUGUUACAGAAACUUAUGUUUAUUUAUUGUUCAGACUUUUCUCCUCACUUUUGUCUUUUUUUCCUUAUCUUUGUUUGGGUGCAAGGUGAUAUUGGGAGGGGUGGAAGACAUGAUAAUGUAUCUAAAAUUAAGAAGGUUUUUGUUGCUUCUAUCAUACAUAACACCUAUGUAAAAUGGAAGCAUUCAUGAAAAUGUCGGAGUUUCAUCUGGCGUCAGUGUGAUGAACAUCACCAUAACCAUUAAAAUGUUUUCAGGUCGAGUACACAUUCCAUCAUAUCAUCACUAUGAAAAGUCAAGUCUGUUUGUUGUGUACUUAGACCUAGAAGUACUGUAAAUUUGCACUUUCUAAGAGUGUCUCCUGUAAAGAGGCAUUAGAUCUUGUUUUUCCUCUUGAUUACAAAUCGCAACUUACACAUUUUUAUUUAUUUUUCCCUCAACCCUGAACCAACGUUGAAAACGUUCUCAUAGCACUGAUGGGUUUCAGCGAAUUUGUUUUAUCGUUCUUGUAAAAAUGUAUAGUUGUUCAACCUUUUGAUUUUUUAAAUGCAUGUUGUAUAAUGUUAUUUAUUUUUUAAUACAUUGUUUUUGAGGUUAAUGGUUCAGUUUCCACAAAUUUUGACCCCUCCAUUAUUUUUUUACAAAUUUGUUUCGGAGCUGCUUAUGUACCACUAAUUGAAUUUACAGUUUAUAAAUGGAACCAGGCCGUGUGGGUCAUUCAGAUGGUCAAUUAAAUUAGUUUUUAAUUGUUAA